CUUCAGUGGAACGGAUCCCGUUUAUCGACCCUCGCACGCGCAUCCACCAAGGCGGCAGCUUCAUGGCCGCCGGCGAUGCCUCCGCCGCGACCACCAGCGACGGCCCCGCCACCUCCUGCUCUGCAACUCCGUACCCUGACCGCCUCCGCGAAGCACUCGACGUCCUCUCCCAGGCAUGCGAAUCCGGCGUCUCCGAUGCUUCGGAAGCCGCCUCUUUCACCGUAUCCGAGAUUGUUGCCGCCGCCGCCGCCGCCGCCGCCGCCGCCACGAGUGCCGAGGCCGAUGACGGGAGGGACGACGGCGAUGGCGACACCGCGCCGGCGGCGGCGGCCAGGGUCUCCGAGGAGAUGCUUCGCGAGGUGCACGAGUUCCUUUCUCGUCCGUCUUCGAACCAGAUGGCCAUUGACGCCCUCUCGCUUGUGCUCCCCAAACAUGUGGCGAAGCUGGGAGCUCAAACGGGGGGAUGCUGGGACCUUGCCGCCGCUAUCCUCAAGUUCUUCGUGACGAAUUGCAGUCCGAGGGACAUGCUCUCCAUCCUCUGUGAGGCAUUAGAUGCGCCAAUGGAGGUGCCAAAUGACUCAUCCAGCUUUGUUCUUCUACUCAAUGCACUUGCUAAAGUGCUUACUUUAAUUCAGAGGCGACAUGUCGAGCAAGUAAAGGUGGCGCUUCCUGCUGUCCUUAAAGUUAUGUGUACUACUGUAUCAGAAUGUGAUGAGGAACAUGGAAAUGCUGCUGUUGAUCUCUUCAAUGCAGCAGUUGAAAUUGGCAAUGCCAUUCAAGAAAUGUGCAAAGCAAUGGUCGACAAGAACAAAGACCUCUGUUCAAUUCUUGGCUUAUACUCGCUUCAGAAUAUUGCUCUUGUAUCACAAAGCAGGCAGCAGGAUAUUCUCUCUGCUUGCGGUUCCGUUGUUCUUCAGCAUUUCAGAUUUCUUAAAUCUAGUGGAUUCACCUACCUCGGUCUACUAACUGGUAUUGAUGCCACAGUAGCCACUGAUAAGCUUUCCAAAGAGGACAAUGCUGAAUUUUUAGAGUGGUUUUCCUUUGCUAUGGAUGGUGCAGCGCUUACAGUUGUAUGGACAUUUAUGUAUGAUGCUAUGUCAAAGUAUGCUGGAGAAGAGUUGGAAUUGGCACUGAAGGAAGUUCAGGGCAACUGUAUGAAGACAUGGGAAGCAAUUAACAUGCUUAAAUAUGUCCUGUCCUCAAUUCGUUACCCAUGGAUAAUCAAAUCCCACGGUAUCAACUUAUUGCUCUGUCUAACUGGUGAAAAUCAUGUUCAAGAAAUCAACAAUCAUGUAGACUUCACAUUUUAUGUUCCUCGUACUUUUGCAACACUCAAGGCCAUUGAAAGCGUCAUGAUGGCUGCCCCUGAGGCAUUAAUGCGGAAAAAAGCUUUUGCUGCUUUGAAAAAGGUUAUUUCAAUGGUGCCCUCAUCUCAGAGAUUCGACAUCUUACAAGCUCUUGUAAACAAUAGCAUGUCGCCAUCCUUGACCGCAAUUCUCCUAGAUCUAGCGAGAGAUGAAGUUUUGAGAGAGAGUCGUCAAGCUGAAAACAAUUGUGCUGAAUCUGAUGGAUUGCCACCUUGGGCUUCUCAUGCACUUGAGUUAGUCGAGUUGAUUUUGAGGCCUCCACAAGGUGGCCCUCCUUGCCUUCCUGAUCACAGUGAACAGGUAAUAUCAGCUCUGAACUUGCUUAGAUUUAUUCUGAUAAUAGAUUCAAGAGGACCAAGAUCAGGGAAAUUGUUCCAGAAAGAGACUUUACACAAGGUGCAUUCAGAGUGGCUGAUCCCAUUAAGACCAAUUGUCUCAGGAAUUCAGUCAGAAAACGAAAGGGAUGACAGUGAGCUUGCAAAUCAGAUCUUGUGCUCGUUAAAUCCUGUUCAACUAGUGUUGUACCGCUGCAUAGAGUUGGCUGAGGAAAAGAUGAAAUGCUGCUAACGUUUUCAGUUUUCGCUCUUUCCAUGCGGUACUACCUCUGUAUUGAGUGGUGACAAGAUAGAAAGAUCUUGUGGAUUCAAUCUCCAUCGUUUUGUUCAGGCAUUCUUCAAUCCCAUUGCUAGUACGGUUUUCCUUGACAAGUUUAUGAGGAAAUUUCCUAUUUGAUACUAGCAAAAUGAUUAAUUGCUUCCUUGACCGCCGAAA